AUGUCUCAGCCAGCUUCGCAGCGUAUGGGAACCCGUCCUAAAAUCGCAACUCAGCAUCCAGGACACAUCGUGCUCGAGGCCGAAGGUCGUGCAAAGAGACAUACCAAAGCUCAAAUGAUUGCUGACCGACAGCGCGAACUGGAGGCAAGCCAGGCAACUGAACAAACUAUACAAAAAGGGCAUCAGCAUAUAGCAACUCUCCAGGAACAGAUGGCAACAGACCAAGCUGCUGCACGUGUUGAUGCACUGAAGCCUAAAUGUCCCCGUGCUCGCCCCAUAGCAAAGGCUGCAAAGCCCUCAGCGAACCUUUGA